GGGCUCUUGACCUCCGACCCACUGCCAACUACCUACAAAGCUUAUGUCUGUCUGCGAUGCUAGGCUGCGUUCGCUGCUGAUGUCGCCGAUAAAAUUACGAUGAGGGAGCUCGGAAAAAUCUCUGGUUUUUCGCGGUCUUCAAGCUAGUCACAUUUUGCAGUCUUCGACGUUCAACUCAGGUUGUAAAUAUUCGGAGAAACGAUGCUCACUGAACUACCUCGGGAACCUUCUUUAUGCUAUUCGAAUCAAGCAAGAAAUCAACGGAGUUACCUGUUUACCCUUCGCGUCAUAAGUGCAUAUGCAUCGCGUACAAAGCUCGUUAUAAAAGCCCAAACCAAAAACCGACGGUGUCAUACUGGCUCUAGUAACCAAGCAUGCGUCUCGUAUCUGCCCCCACCGUUGCAUCAGCCCUAAGUCUCGCUCUUCUGUCUUCUGCCCAGACAAUAACAGGUCAGUAUGACUGCCUUCCAGCCGGAGAUUUCACGCUCUGCCAAAACCUUUGGGGUGAACUCUCUGGAGUGGGUAAUCAGUCGUCUACUUUGAUCAGUACCACCGGGGAUGCAGUCUCCUGGUCCACGACCUGGAAUUGGGCCAAUAAUCCUAAUAAUGUUAAAAGCUAUGCUAACGUGUUGUCGAACACUGCAAAGGGCGUACAGCUCUCGAACAUCGCCUCUGCCCCGACCAGCUGGAGUUGGACUUACGAGACCCAAUCUGAUGGGAUUAGAGCUGAUGUCUCAUACGAUAUUUGGUUCGGGAAAGCACCUUCUGGAGUGGCAGCCACCUCCGCGUCUUCUUAUGAGAUUAUGAUCUGGCUUUCUGGCCAAGGAGGUAUCCAACCUGUCGGUUCAGUCACCAAGUCCAACAUAACCGUUGCAGGAUUCCAAUGGGAUCUUUGGAGCGGCCCGAAUGCGAACUGGGAAGUUUUCUCCUUCAAGACUGCUAGCGGUGAUAUCACAGACUUCGACGUUGACCUUCAAGAGUUUUUCACUUAUCUCACAGAAAAUGAAGGUGUCGCCUCUUCCCAAUACGUUCAAGCUAUCCAGACCGGAACGGAGCCGUUUACUGGAAACGCAGUGCUGAUGACUUCGAGUUACAGUGUUGCGAUUAACUCGCUUUAACUUCGGAAUUCGUCUAUUUACAUAUUGCGUGUAUUGUAAUAUUGUUGCAAGCAUGCUUAAUACCUAUGAUGUCCGGUUAAACUGGGUUAAAACAAAGUCUACCUCUGCCUCCCUCUCUCCGGACGGCGGAUGCAGUUCGCCGAAGAUUCGAGAAAUGACGUGUACUAAGUACACGUGACUGAUUACAUACACGCUCAUAUUUUUUUUUUUGAGAUUUCACAACCGCGUUCUU